GCAUCCGAGUGCUGGAUGGACCCCUCACCGACAGCAUGGAGGCCAUCGCCUUCAACAAGCACUAUCAGAUCAACGACAUCUACAGCUGCAGCUGGGGUCCAGAUGACGAUGGGAAAACUGUGGAUGGCCCCCAUCAACUGGGAAAGGCCGCCCUGCAGCAUGGCGUGAUAGCGGGUCGCAGGGGCUUCGGGAGCAUUUUCGUCGUGGCCAGUGGCAAUGGCGGGCAACACAGCGACAACUGCAACUACGAUGGUUAUGCCAACUCCAUCUACACUGUGACGAUAGGGGCGGUGGACGAGACGGGCUCCAUGCCGUUCUACGCCGAGGAAUGUGCCUCCAUGUUAGCCGUGACCUUCAGCGGCGGGGACAAGAUGAUGAGGAGCAUCGUGACAACAGACUGGGAUUUGCAGAAGGGCACAGGCUGCACAGAGGGUCACACGGGGACGUCUGCUGCCGCUCCCCCUGCACUGGGAUCUGGGAUGAUCGCGCUGAUGCUGCAGGUGCGGCCGUGUCUCACCUGGCGAGACGUCCAGCACAUCAUUGUCUUCACUGCCACGAAGUACGAGGAUCGUCACGCGAAGUGGGACGUCAACCAGGCCGGCUUCAGCCACAGCCAUCAGCACGGCUUCGGCUUGCUGAACGCCUGGAGGCUGGUUAACGCUGCCAAGAUCUGGGAGUCCGUCCCGUACCUCGCCUCGUACGUGAGCCCUGCACUGAAGGAAGGCAGGACCAUCCCCUUACUCCCGCAGGAGCUGGAGGUCACCUGGAACGCAGUCACCGUCACCAUAACCCAUCCCCGCCGCGGCAACCUGGAGAUCAGGCUCUUCUGCCCCAGCGGCAUGAUGUCGCUGAUAGGGACCACCAGGAGCAUGGACUCGGACCCCAAUGGCUUUGCUGACUGGACCUUCUCCACGGUCCGGUGCUGGGGCGAGGAAGCACAGGGCACGUACAGACUGGUCAUCAGGGACAUCGGAGACGAAAGCCUGAGGCCUGGGACCUUGAAGCAGUGGCAGCUGACCCUGUACGGCUCCUCCUGGUCCCCGAUGGAGAUGAAGGAACGGCAGAGGCUGCUGGAGGAAGCCAUGAGCGGGCAGUACCUGAGCAGUGACUUCUCCCUGCCCUGCCCUCCGGGGCUGGAGAUCCCUGAGGAGCAGCGCUACACAAUCACAGCCAACACCCUCAAGACCCUCCUGCUGUUGGGAUGCUUUGCCGUGUUCUGGACUUUCUACUACACGCUGGAGGUUUGCCUGACCAGGAACAACGUGGGGCUUGACCUGACCUGCAACGGCUCCACCGCCUGCAGAUGGUACCAGCAGGGAGGGAAGCACCGAGCCCUGGAGAGCAGCCUGGAGAUGGAGUCUGUCCCGCUCUACCGGGAGAAGGACAUUGAGGAUGUCGAGAUGGAGUGUGAGCACACGGAGCCUGCCCAGGGGGAGGAGGACUCCUGGACCUCCACCCACCCCAAACUUCCCAGCAGCGGCAGAGCCGCAAGCUUCCACGAGGCCACCCCCGCUGGAGCAGGGUACCUUGGCCGGGAGGCGACGGACGAGCUACUCUCGGAGGACAGGGAGCACCAGACCUGCUAG